ACUCUUUAAAUCUCCCACCAGUUAUCACAUUAUUUCACCCCUAACUCUCUCUCACAUGUCCAAACUCAAAAAGUAGAGAGAGUGAGAAAGAAAGAGAGAGGCAUGGAAUUAGAACAAAACCAGGUGGUUAGAUGGGAAGGUUAUGUGGAUUGGAGGAACAUGCCUGCUCUCAGAGGCCGUCAUGGUGGCAUGCUUGCAGCUUCCUUCGUUCUUGUGGUGGAGAUAUUGGAGAAUUUGGCAUAUCUGGCCAAUGCAAGCAACUUGGUGUUGUAUCUAAGACAGUACAUGCACUUGUCCCCUUCCAAAUCGGCCAUUAAUGUAACCAAUUUCAUGGGAACUUCCUUCCUCCUUGCCCUCCUGGGUGGUUUCUUAUCUGAUGCCUUUUUCACCACUUAUCACAUCUACCUCAUAAGCGCAGUUAUUGAGUUCCUGGGAUUGAUUGUACUCACUAUACAAGCUCGUGUGGCUUCACUGAAGCCACCAGAAUGUGACUCAGCCACCCCAUGCCGUGAAGUUAAUGGUGGAAAAGCAGCAAUGCUGUUUGGUGGACUCUAUCUGGUGGCUCUUGGAGUUGGAGGAAUUAAGGGGUCAUUGCCAGCACAUGGUGCUGAGCAAUUUGAUGAGACUACCGUAUCUGGAAGGAAGCAACGAUCAACCUUCUUCAACUACUUUGUCUUUUGCUUAUCAUGUGGUGCCCUUAUUGCAGUUACUUUUGUAGUGUGGGUUGAAGACAACAAAGGGUGGGAAUGGGGUUUUGCAAUCUCUACCAUUAGCAUAUUUGUGUCUAUCCCAGUGUUCUUAGCAGGCUCUGCCACUUAUAGGAACAAGAUCCCUUCUGGAAGUCCACUUACAACCAUUUUGAAGGUUUUGGUUGCAGCUUCACUUAAUAGAUGCAUCUACAGAAAUUCUAACAUUGCUGUGGUGAAUAUGGCUUCAAGCCCUUCUAAUCCACACUCAGGUAGAAAAGAAGCAGUGGAAGAAACUGAAAAAUCAAGCAAGGAAACUGAAGCCCCAACAAAUACACUAAAAUUUCUCAAUAGUGCAGUUGAAAACAAGCCAAUUCAUCCAUCAAUAGAAUGCAGUGUAGAGCAAGUAGAAGAUGUCAAGAUAGUAUUGAAAGUUCUACCCAUAUUUGGUUGCACCAUUAUGCUAAACUGCUGCCUGGCUCAGCUGUCCACAUUCUCUGUUGAACAAGCUGCAACUAUGAACACCAAGUUUGGUUCCUUAAAGGUGCCACCAGCCUCUUUACCGAUUUUUCCAGUGCUCUUUAUCAUGAUCCUAGCACCAAUUUAUGACCACAUAAUCAUCCCAUUUGCAAGGAAAGUAACCAAAACAGAGAUGGGGAUAACUCAUCUCCAAAGAAUUGGAAUUGGACUAGUCCUCUCUAUAGUUGCCAUGGCAGUGGCGGCUGUUGUUGAAAUGAAAAGGAAAAAUGUGGCCACUCAUUCAGGCCUACUAGAUGAUGCAACAAAACCAUUACCUAUCACAUUCUUUUGGAUUGCUUUUCAGUACUUAUUCCUUGGAUCAGCUGAUCUUUUCACCUUGGCUGGUUUGUUGGAAUUUUUCUUCACAGAAGCACCAAUUAGGAUGAGAUCUUUGGCCACAUCACUUUCAUGGGCCUCUUUGGCUAUGGGGUACUACCUAAGUUCGGUUAUUGUAUCAAUAGUGAAUAGUGUCACUGGGAACUCCUCCCACAAACCAUGGCUAUCUGGUGCCAACCUUAACCACUAUCACCUAGAGAGGUUCUACUGGCUUAUGUGUGUGCUAAGUGGGUUGAACUUCCUACAUUACCUGUUUUGGGCCAUGAGGUACAAAUAUAGAGGAACAGGAACUACAACUGUAUGAAGAAAAGGCCUAAGAGCACUUUACAAGGCCAUUGAUCAAAAUCUUGUCAUGCCAUUCUUAGGCUGUAAUUGUACAUACUUGCACUUGCCUGCAACCGAGUGGACCAGCAAUUCCCAGCAACAGAAAUGCAAAUAGAAAGAGAGAUAUCCUACAUUAGAAAAGGAAGAAUAGAGGGAUAUAUAUAUAUAUAUAUAUAUAUAUAUAUAUAUAUAUAUGGAGAAAAUAUUUCU